GUUGCCAAUCAUCACCCUAAUAGUCCCAAAGCUAGAGGCCGAAAUUGUCUAGAAAUACCCCACCAAGAUUCUUCCUUUUUCACUCACAACACAAAUGCAAGACAAUUUCUCCUUAAAACAAUUACAUUUCUCUGCUAUAAGAGCCCUGCACUAAGUACUCUGUUCAUGUUCUGGUGCAUUUGACUGAGCCAUGGAAAGAAAUAAUUUUUUGCUGAUUAUUUUGUUUUUGGUUUCAGCAUAUGGAGGUUUUUGUUUCAGAGGAUGUGGUUCAGUAAGUGUGACAUAUGAUCAUAAGGCUCUGGUUAUUGAUGGAAGGAGGAGGGUUUUGCAGUCUGGGUCUAUACAUUAUCCAAGAACAACCCCAGAAGUGUGGCCGGAUAUUAUUAGGAAGGCAAAGGAAGGAGGAUUGGAUGUGAUUGAGAGUUAUGUUUUCUGGAAUUAUCAUGAGCCUGUCAGAGGACAGUACUACUUUGAAGGUAGGUUUGACCUUGUAAGGUUUGUGAAGACAGUACAAGAAGCCGGUCUCUAUGUGCAUCUGAGGAUUGGACCGUAUGCCUGUGCUGAAUGGAAUUAUGGGGGGUUUCCUAUGUGGCUGCAUUUGAUUCCUGGAAUCAAGUUUCGAACAACGAAUGGACUUUUUAUGAAUGAAAUGAAGCGCUUUCUUGCAAAGAUCGUUAACCUAAUGAAGGACGAGAACCUAUUUGCAUCACAAGGAGGCCCAAUAAUUCUUGCUCAGGUAGAAAACGAAUAUGGAAAUGUUGAGGGUGCCUAUGGGACAGCGGGGGAGUUAUAUGUAAAAUGGGCUGCAGAAACCGCUGUUAGCCUUAAUACAACCGUGCCCUGGGUGAUGUGCCAGCAGGGAGAUGCACCCGAUCCAGUUAUAAAUACAUGUAAUGGGUUUUACUGUGAUCGGUUCACACCAAAUUCCAAAUCUAAACCAAAGAUGUGGACCGAGAACUAUAGUGGAUGGUUUCUUGCAUUUGGUUAUCCCGUCCCUUAUCGACCUGUGGAGGACUUGGCUUUUGCUGUUGCACGCUUUUUUGAAACUGGCGGUACCUUUCAAAACUAUUACAUGUAUUUUGGUGGUACCAACUUUGGGCGAACAGCUGGAGGCCCUCUUGUUGCAACAAGCUAUGACUAUGAUGCCCCGAUAGAUGAGUAUGGUUUUAUAAGGCAGCCCAAAUGGGGACACCUGCGUGACUUACACUUAGCAAUCAGGCAUUGCGAGGACUAUUUGGUGCAUGCAAAUCCUACUCGUGUUUCACUUGGACCGAACCUUGAGGCACAUGUAUAUUAUAAAACCUCCAAGCAAUGUGCGGCCUUUCUAGCCAACUAUGGAAGCACGAAAGAUGCAACUGUCAAAUUUAAAGGGAAAUCGUACUUCCUUCCUGCUUGGUCUGUGAGCAUUCUUCCUGACUGUAAAAACGUCGUUUUCAACACAGCAAGGGUCACUUCACAGAAGACUCUUGGCAGUACUUUUACUGAGAAUCCCAUCGCAACUAUGUCUUCUCUGGCAUCCUCAACUUGGAGUUGGUUCAAAGAAAGCGUUGGUGUCUCAGGCAACGGUUCCUUUGAGGCAUCGAGCUUACUGGAGCAGAUAAAUACCACGAAAGAUCAAAGUGAUUUUCUUUGGUAUACAACAAGUAUAAAUGUGGAUCAGAAUAAUGAGCGGGGCAAAACAAAAGAAGUAGAACUAACUAUUAGCAGUUUGGGGCAUGCAGCUCUCGUCUUUGUAAACAAGAAACUUAUAGGAUUUGGCUAUGGUAACCAUGAUGUUCCAGACUUCAAAUUCAGCGAGAAGAUCCAUCUUAACGAAGGAACCAACACAUUGGAUAUACUGAGCAUGAUGAUUGGUUUACAGAACUAUGGACCGUGGUUCGAUAUACAAGGGGCGGGGAUAAAUUCUGUUGUCCUAGUUGACCACAAGAGUUCCAAGAAAGAUCUUUCUUCCGCGAAAUGGAUCUAUCAGGUAGGCCUUGAAGGUGAACACAUUGGACUCGACAAAACUGCUCUUGCAAACAGUUCAUUGUGGAUUCAUGGAAAUUCUUUGCCAAUAAACCAGAGCUUGACAUGGUACAAGACGAUGUUCCUGGCUCCUGAGGGAAGCGGCCCGGUAUCAAUAUACCUUGGCAGCAUGGGGAAAGGUCAGGCAUGGAUUAAUGGACAGAGCAUAGGGAGAUAUUGGUCUGCCUAUCAUUCCUCAUCAACAGGCUGUUCCAAAAAAUGCGACUAUCGGGGAACAUAUGAUCCAUUCAAAUGUCUAAAGAAAUGUGGCCAACCUGCCCAAGUUUUGUAUCACAUACCUCGCAGCUGGUUACACCCGGGCGAAAAUCUGCUUGUUCUUCAUGAAGAGUUUGGGGGAGACCCUUCGAAGAUUUCCCUGGCGACGCGAAAUGGGGAAGAGAUAUGUGCACACAUAUCACAGGCUGAUCCUCCACCUGUAGGCUCCUGGAAGAUGAACCAAGCUUUUGAAUCUCAACACCCUGAGCUUCAGCUGAGCUGUGAAGGAGGAUGGAAGAUCGGAUCCAUUCGUUUCGCGAGCUUUGGAACUCCGAGAGGAGAAUGUGGAACACUCUCUCCAGGGAACUGCCAUUCUAAUGUCACAUCAAUCCUUCAGCAGGUCUGUGUAGGGAAAACACAAUGUUCAAUUACAGUCACUGCAGCUAAUCUUGGAGACCCUUGUCCUGGAGUCAUCAAGAGCUUAGCAGUUGAAGCCAUUUGCAGUGCUUGAGCCACCAUCUUCCAUGGAUUAUCUCCUCUUCUUGUCUUUAAACUUCACAUGAUUGAAUAAAGAUGCAAUCUUUCUAAACAUUUCCAGGAAUCCCAUCUCCAUUUAUCUUCUGUUUUC